CUCAAUCUGAUCAACAACGUGGACGAUAAUGUCUUUUUUCUAGCUUAAAAAGUGUCUAAAUCUGUUAUUUUACAAAAGGUUUCUCAAGCACGGCAUGCGCAAAGAACUUUUGUGAAGAAACCACAGGGGUGAAUCAGUCCUCCCUCAUCAUCUAACCUGGAUAGGGUUAAAAGACAAAACCUUGAAAGAUUUUUAACGAUUCAAGAAAUGAUUCCCAUCGCUACUCUCUGCUCAGUUGCUCGAUUUGCUUAAUCAAUUAAGCAAUAACAGAAAAAUGCGUAAUUUCAGUUCGAAGCAUUUUCGAUUUUGAAUCAGAGCUUUCCAUGUCAGGUUCUAGUCUGAUAGUUGUACAUUUCUUUGCUAGAUGGAGCGGACCCUCACAAAUGAUCAAGACGGAACUAGAAAGAUUGGCUUCACACCAUCCUGAUACAGUAUUCGUAGAGGUAGAUGUAGACGGAUGUGAAAGAAUAGCUGAACGUUAUGAGAUCUCAACCCUACCAUCCUUCCUUCUUAUUCAGAAUCAUAAGGUCAUUACUACGCUUACAGGAUGUGAUCUAUUUGGACUUAGUGAGCAGAUUACAAGAAACAAAUAGCACAGGAUCGAACAUACUAGAGGAACUACUUCAAUAAGUGCUAUUACAUUGCAUCUUUCUUUUUUUAUGCAUUGCAUCCUUUUUAGAAUGAUAUUUUAUAUACAGGGUGUUCCCAAAAACAUUGGAAUUCAGUGACGAAUUCGAUAUCGUCUUUGUUAUGAAUU